CAACCAUAACAAUACCCACAACAAGAUAAACCCCGGUGUGUACACGUCGCUUCACUUCUUUCUCUACAGUACACUUUGGGGCACACAGGUAGACACAUCUCCUGCAAAAAUGGUCAACAACGCAACCAACACCACCGAAUGGACGGAAAUUUCCAUGGAACAGCAACUAGGAGCUCUGGUCGGAAAUUCCGACGAGUUUUUCCUUCUCAUGAUGGGAUGCUUCGUCUUUCUCAUGCAGGCAGGUUUUGCCUUCCUAGAGGCAGGAUCAGUCAGGAGCAAAAACACCACAAACAUCCUGCUCAAGAACAUACUGGAUGUCUGUAUCGGAGCCAUCUCGUACUGGGCAGUUGGCUACGCCUUCGCAUUCGGAACUCCCAGCAACCUCUUCAUUGGACAUGGCCACUUCUUCCUGGAGGGCAUCGAGGGGUCGCAGUACGCUCAUUGGUUCUUCCACUUCGUGUUCGCGGCCACCGCCUCGACGAUCGUGUCAGGAGCCAUGGCGGAGAGGACAGAGUUCAGCGCAUACCUGGUGUACUGCGCUGUACUCACCGGUGUGGUGUACCCAGUUGCAGCCCACUGGGCCUGGGACCCCCAGGGCUGGCUCCUCACAGGUGUGGGGACUGGACUCACCUACCAGGACUUUGCAGGGAGUGGUGUGGUGCACAUUGUCGGUGGUACAGCAGCCCUGGCUGGUGCCUCUGUUGUCGGUCCCAGGAUUGGACGCUUCCAUUGUGGGAAACCUGUCCAGAUCUCCGGCCACACUGUCCCACUUGCUGCUCUGGGUGCCUUUAUUCUGUUCUUUGGUUUCCUGGCCUUCAACGGUGGAUCUCAGGGCUCCAUCUCUAGCCCUGGAGACGGUGUCAUUGUCGCUCUGGCCAUCACAAACACUGUCAUCUCUGGUUCCAGUGCUGGUCUGAUCGCCAUGGUGAUAAAGCGUGUGGGGCUGCUGGGAGAUCUGCACUGGAGUCUGCUCACAACCCUGAACGGAGCACUGACUGGAAUGGUGGCCAUCUGUGCAGGUUGUAACAAUGUGUACCCCUGGGCUGCCUGUAUCAUCGGUGUGGUGGCAGGCGUGGCGUACUGUGGAUGGAGUCAGCUGAUCCUCAAGGUCCUAAAGGUCGAUGACCCCCUGGAUGCCGUGGCUGUUCACUUUGGAGGAGGGUUCUGGGGAGUGAUUGCAGUUCCCAUCUUUGCCACUGAGGGCGGCAUCAUCACAUCUGGAGGCUCCAUCAUUGCUUUCAAGGGUUUGGGAUGGAACAUCCUGGGUGGUGUAGUGAUCGCGGUGUGGACAGCCAUCAUCACUACCACCAUGUUUGGGUUCCUCCGCCUGGCCGGCGUACUCAGGGUCGACCCAGAGAUCGAGGAGAAAGGCCUGGACAUCCCCAAGCAUGGUGAGCCAGCCUAUCCCCAGGAGAGUUACGGACACGGCUGGCUACUGGAGACAGCAGAGGACAAGUUACCCAAGUGUAGGGCUCAGAAGAGCAUAAUCGAGUCCCCUCCUGACUACAAUGGAGACACCUCCAACAUACUGGCCAUGACCCACCCUGCAUCCAUGGUGAUACCACGCCCCUCCGUGGUGACAGGACCUCCUAUGGCAGAGCUCGCUUUCGACAACGAGGGAUACCAGGAACCGCGGGAUACCAGACUGUGAACGGACAUCAGCAAUUAACGUAUCGAAUGGUGGGGGUUGGACAAGUUUUCAAAAAUCCAAUUGCCCUAUCAGGCAAGCUCAUGUUCAUUUCCACUUGCCCAAACCAACUUUUCACUUGCCCAAUGCAAAAUAUAGAUGACAUAGAUCAGAUAAUAUGUAUUUUUACCGCAAGGAAAUUUUUUUCAGUAAAAAAGCACUUUAUAUUGUUCCAUGGUUUGCCAGUAUAUCCCAAAUUUGUGUAAAGUUUGAA